UCAGGUGCCUUCUGCUGAGCCUGAGCAGGGCCCAGUUCUGAAAACUCUGCCCAGCCUAAGCACAUUCUCAUCCUCUCUAAGGCAAUAAUGCAGAGACCCCCUACUCUUUCCCAUCAAUGUCUAAACUCAGACGGACACCAGAGGAAAGCUACCUGAGUCAUCACGGCUCCCUGGUCAGAGCUAGCCAUGACGAGGAUUUGUACCUGCGUAUACCACUUCCUUGUUUUGAGCUGGUAUAUUUUUCUCAAUUAUUACAUCUCACAACAAGGAGGAGACCAGCGGAAAUCCAAAGUCUUUCUCAAUGGCGGACAGUGGAAGUACUUGACAUUCCUAAAUCUGCUCUUGCAGGCCAUUUUCUACGGGGUCGUCUGUGUGGAAGAUGUACUAAAAAGAAUUAAGGGGGAAAAAGACAUUAAGUUCAUGACCACCUUCAGAGACCUGCUUUUUACCACGCUGGCUUUCCCAAUCUCCACAUUUGUUUUUUUGUCGUUCUGGAUCCUCUUUCUCUACGAUCGAGAGCUUGUUUACCCUAAGGCCUUAGAUGGUAUCUUUCCAGUGUGGUUGAAUCAUGCAAUGCACACAUCCAUCCUGCCCUUUGCACUGGUGGAAGUCUUCCUCGGGCCGCACUGCUAUCCACGGAAGAAGAAAGGUCUCACCUUGUUGGCUCUCGCUAGUCUUGUAUACAUCAGCAGGGUCCUAUGGAUCUACUCUGAGACGGGUACGUGGGUGUAUCCUGUGUUAGCCAAACUCAGCCCGGUGGGUCUAACAGCCUUCUUCUCUCUCAGCUACAUCUUUAGUGCUGGCAUCUAUCUACUUGGAGAGAAGCUCAACCACUGGAAAUGGGGUGACAUGAUGAAGCCAAGGAAGAAGAGGAAGUGAUCCCAGGCGGUUUUCCAAAAACAAAGGAGGAAGAAAACAUGAGAGUUUCAUUUCUAUUCUUUCUUUUCUUUGCUUUUUUUUCUUUUCUUUCCUUUUCUUUUCGGGUUGAGGGAGGUGGUGGAGCAACAUAGGAAGAUAGAAAGGACAGUGAAUGAUAUUUAAAUUUAAUAAGAGUGUUUAUGAAGGUAGCUUAAUGUGGGGACUUUUUUUUUUUUUGCAAGUUUACUGGACAUGCCAAAAACAGCAACUGCUGUCUUAGAAUCUGUUACCUUUAUCUGGCCUCUGUGGUGAAAAUCUGCCAAAGUCCAAGGAAAUUCGUGUAAACUCAACAUUAGAGAAUGUUUAGAGAGAGAAAGGGAUUUGGCAUCACCAAAACUCUUCCCCUUCAGAGGAGGGUGUUGAGGACCUAGCUGGGAAGUAAUCUGCACGAGGGCCAAGGAGCUAGUAUCACAACUAAGGUGAUGGCAUUUGUCCCCCCAAUCUUCUAACUCCCAGUCCUGUGCCAUUUUUAAUGACUCCAACUUUUCUAAAAACAAGUGUUUUCAUCAACUAGCUAUUUUCAUGGGCUGCUCAUCUAUUUUGUUUACCUCGGUCGAGACAGAGAUGUAGGGAGAUGGAUGCUACCGAAGUCAUCUGUCCACCUGAUCAGAGAGCAAAUUAAUUGGGGCAAUGAGAAAGUAAGUUAUAAAAAUUAUGGAGAAAUCUGCCCCUCUUGUGAGCAAAUAUGGGGUUUUGCGACAUCAUCAUCGAAAUCUCUUCCAUUCGAAUAUUGCUUCCUUCGUCAAAUGCACAUCAUUCUUGGGGAGUAAGUGAUGGGAAGUGACAUGGCUAUGAGGAUCCCUGAGAAUGCUUUGGUACAAAGCACUUUGCUGAGUUAGCUUAUGCUUUAACAAAGCUGAUGGCUAGGGGAUUAACAAACACAUUCACGAACUCUGCUCUGAUCUUCCCAGGAAAUUUUUCUGGGUGUUUAUUCACAGGCACAUUUUGUAAAGAACAUGGAUGAUAAGGGUCUACUGAUGGGUAAGCAUGGAGUCCAGUGGUGCGUCACCAGGUCCGUGUGGGUUGGGUGUGGACAGCAGAGUAAAUUGUAUUUGGGUUUCCCAACCUAACACCAUACAGGAGAAAUUUGGCAAAAAUGGUAAAAUUUGGUAAAAUCUAUUCCUAGAACCACAUCAAAACUUGAUGGCUCUAUGGCCAAUGUGCCAUAUCUAUUCCAAGACCAGAAAACCUCAGAAAUACCAAAAACGGUCUUGAGUUAGAGAAGAGGGCAGACUGCCACAACUGGGCAGGCAGCCCCAAGAUGCCUAGGACAGGCACCAACAAACCUGCUAUCUUCCUAAUCCUUUAUCUACUAAUAUAUAAACAUGAGCCGCAAGUGUUUUUGGAUUGAACUGGGAACACUAUUCUUGUGGCUGCUUGAGUGCUCAGAGCACCUGGUCUCAGCAGGAGCCCAGAAGCAGUUGUCACAGUGGAAAUUCCCCAAACACGAAGCCCGCAGGGGAUCACCCAAAUUUUCCACACCCCAAAGGUGACUGGGGCUGCGUACUUCUUAGAGUGAUAAUAAGCUCCUGGUGGGGAUGAACCUGCAAAAUUCUAUUUGUGACUUCACUGUCCCUGGAACCAAAUUAAACCUUGAUUUUUAUAUGAUUGACCAUCCCACAGGAUCCAUUCCAAUGCCAGAAAUACCUGAGAACCACCUCCCACUAAGCAAAUACACCAGUAGGUAAGUGGUUCUCCUGUCCUGCAGGAACUUAGGAAAGGAGAAGCAACAAAACAC